AUGUCUCUGCCAAUAUCGAGUUACACCUUUGUCACCUCCGGUGGACAGAGAAGAUUUGUUCACAGUUGGCAAAACGAAAAUAACGAUGUUAUCGAAUGUAAUAAAUGCGGCAGUUCAUGCAAAGAAACCGAUGCCUAUGGCAAUCAUUGGAUUCAGCCCAAGACUCUGGAUGACAACGACAAUGAACUAAAAUCGGCCAACAUUGAGGGAAUGAAUCCAGCAGCCAUGCAAAGCCAUCGUCUACCAACUGGUCCUACCUCUAUUCCAGCGUCAUCGACAAAUGGCUUAGGUCGGAUAACAACUCUAAUGGAUCAUAAGGAAAUUAUUGUCGGCAAAAACAUCGAGUCCUUUAUGCUGUGUGACACGAAGGCUGUAAGUGAUACUCAGCAAUUUUUGCUCGAUGCUGGCAUAAAAGCCAUACCGGAUUUACUUAGAGCUGCCUGUGCUGUAAGUGGUCCGGUUCGUAGUCUCGAUAUAGUACUACGUUUCUAUGUGACAAUCAAUGGGGAAGUCUUUACGCUGCAAACAACGGCAUUGGUUAUAAACCAUUACUAUGACAUACGAGAAAGUGUGGACAUGAUGUUUGCCAUGUUGUUGGAAAAACUGAAAAGGUAUAUGGCCAGCUGCAGCAAAGAUUGUAGUGCCCAGCAAAAGGACUUUUCCAUCAAAAGGAUAAACAUUAAGGUGCAAAGGUUUUGCGAGCGUAAUCCGACAUUGCCGUUACAAUUUGCCCGCAAACAAGCACCAACUGCGGCUAUGACAACUGGGUCUGGCAACAAGCACCAAGAUUUGGCUUUGAUAAAUUCAUGGUUUCGAAAACAUUUACUAACCUCCCAACCCCUGAACGGCAAAGAUCUUCCGUUUCCCUGUAAUUUGUAUUCCAUACAACAGUGUAGCAACUCCUUAGAGUUAUACGCUGUGCCCUAUCAUCUCAAUUUUAAAGCCAAUAAUUUGUUAUCGUGUCGCAGCUUUGCCAUUAUAUGUGACAUCUCUGGUUACUUCAUUGGCCUUCAAGAAAUUUCCAAUAUCCGACGUUUUCUACACCAUUCCUCGGAAGAUCGCAUUGUGUCCUGUUCUAGUUGCCUGGAAAACUUUACGGAACCGUCAAAGCUGACACUACACAAGAUGCUAAAUUGUGGCCGUGGUUUUGAACUCGUGAAAAUGGACCCAGAUUUCAUUGAAAUCUAUGAACAAUGUUGGUUGCUUGAGAAGUGUGAUAACUGGACAUUAUUUGGAAUUGUUGAAUAA